AACAACAAUUUUCUUCCCAGCUAAGGAAAAUAAAAUAAAAAUCUGUAGGAUUUUACAAGAAAAAGAACAAGUCAAAAAAUUUAUGAUCAAUUUGACUUGUUUAUCAUAAUAUCAUCUCUCUUCUUCGAUCUCUCCGAUCUCUCUUUCCUUCAGUCUCUCUCUCUCAGUCAUGGCAACGCCGUCGUCGUCAUCAUCGCCGGCGACACAAAUUAUGCUGGCAAUUUACGAGAAGAAAACAACUGCAGUCGAUCUUUACCGUCCACUCCGCAACUACAUCGUCUACAAUUACUCCGAACGCGAAGCUCAAAACCUCGAAGACGAUCUCCAAACCCUAAAACAGUACCGCACAGACAUCGAGCGCUCAUCUCCCUCUGAUUCUCUCUCAUCUCGCCGAGAUCUCCUCAUCAACUACUUCCGCGCCCUCACCGCAAUCGAAUCACGCUUCCCUAUCUCUCCCGAGACCGAUCACAUCAACACGCUCACGUUCGUGUGGCACGACGCGUUUAAGAACAAAUUGAAGGCGUCGCAGCAGAACAUUCACUUGGAGAAGGCGGCGGUGUUGUUUAAUUUGGGAGCUGUGCAUAGUCAGUUAGGGUUAGGGUUUGAUAGAGGGGAAGUUGAGGGGAGGAAGAACGCGUCGCAUUCGUUUAUGAAGGCGGCUGGGGUUUUCGCAUUUUUGAGGGAUAAUGUGGCGAUGAAGGCUUGUAUGGGGAAUUCGACUACGCUUGAUGUGUCGGUGGAGUGUGUGGGGAUGUUGGAGAGGCUUAUGCUUGCCCAAGCUCAGGAGUGUGUGUUUGAGAAUACGAUUGCGAAAGGGAGCAGUGCUAGUGUUUGUUCUAAGAUUUCGAGACAGGUUGGGAUCUUCUAUGAGGAAGCAUUGGCUGCAUUAAAAGUUGCACCUCUUAGCCAGCAUUUUGAAAAAGCUUGGCAUUCACAUGUCCAGUUAAAGGCAGCUUUGUUUUAUGCUGAGGCUUGCUAUAGGUAUGGUUUGGAGCUUCAUGAGAAAGAAGAGAUCGGCGAGGAAAUUGCCCGGUUGAAGAGUGGGCUCAAUGCUUUGUCUGAGGCAAGAAAAUCAUCUCCAAAGGGGGCUGCUCAGCAGCUAAUAGAUGCAUAUACUAUUUUAGAAGGCAAUCUAAAUCGCAAUCUUGAAAGGGCUGUGAAGGAGAAUGACAGAGUCUACCUUAUGAGGGUUCCACCAGCUAGUUCUUUACAACCACUACCUGCAUUUCAAAUGGUUAAGUCCAUGCCAAUGACUGAGGUGUUUGAUGCAAGCAAGGAAAAGAUGUUUGCUAGUCUUGUUCCUGACAGCAGUGCAAAAGCUCUUUCCAGGUACACAGAAAUGGUUGAUGAUGUCAUCCGAACACAAGCUGAAAUUCUACAGCAGGGCAGUGAGCUUACUCGUGUUAGACUUAAGGAAAUGGACUUACCUGAGUCGAUUUUGGCAUUAGAAGGGCAUUCUGCUCUGCCAACUGCUCUUAAAGAAGAUGUGGAUGCAGUGCAAAUUUGUCAGGAUCUGUUUCCUGACAAAAUUUGUGGUGGCCCUGCUGGUUUAGAAGCUGAGCUCCAGCAGCUUAGAGAUCUGAGAAGGGUAAACCAAGAAUUGCUAGUUCAAACAGAGGAGCUUUUACAAAAAGAAGCAACAGAAGAUGCACAAUUUAGAAGCCAAUUUGGUACUCGAUGGACCAGACCCCAAUCAAGCACAUUGACAAAAAAUUUGCAGGAUAGGUUGAACAGGUUUGCAGCAAAUUUAAAGCAAGCUGCAGAGAGUGAUACCCGUAUUGAGCGAUCAGUGAGGGAACAUUCAUCUCUCAUGUCAAUACUUGAUCGACAUCCAAUAGAGUCUGUCCUUCCAACCUUAGGGAGGCCAAUCAUGUCUUUAGACGCCAAUGAAGAUGCAAUAUUGGGGGCUUUGAAACAGAGCUUGAGGCAAUUGGAAACUCUGGGAGCUCAAAGGGCAGGUCUUGAAGACAUGCUUAAAGAAAUGAAACGAAAGGAUGAUAUACUGCCAAAGUUAAUGACAUCCACUGGCUCCUAUGAUGAUCUUUUCAGAAAGGAGAUAUCAAAAUACGAUCAAAUAUGUCAGGAAAUUGGAAAAAAUGUUGAGGCACAGGAACAUUUAUUGCUGCAAAUUCAGGCUCAAAGCAAUGAGUUUGCUGCCGUCUUCAACAUUGAAGAUUAUAAAGCAUCUCGUGAGAAGUGCUUUAAGCAGAUCGAAGCUGCUAUUGCAAAAUAUCAGGAAAUUAAAGAGAAUAUCAAUGAAGGACUAAAGUUUUAUGUUACUCUUCAGGAUGCCAUCACAAAUAUGAAACAACAAUGCAGUGAUUUUGUGAUGACAAGAAGCAUACAAUGCCGUGAAAUGAUUGAAGAAGUUCAAAGACAGAUGGCAGGUCUCAGUUUUCAGGACAGUAAAAAUACUGGCAAUUACAAUUACCCUGCAGUUGGACAGGCGAAUCAACCUCAAAGAACUUCCUCACAACAAACAAAAGCCGGCAAUAUUCCGCAACAGUCUCAUCCUCAAUCACAGCCUUACUAUUCAGCACCUCAGCAGCCUAACACCAGUAACAUUCCGCAGCAGUCUCAUCCUCAGUCACAACCUUACUAUUCACCCCCUCAGCAGCAACCACCUCAGCAACCUAACGCACCUGGGUAUGGUCAGCCUCCACCCCCUUAUGGCUCACAACAGCAGCAACCUCCUUACCAUUUGCCAGCUGCACGUCCCCCAUACACAUCUCCACAGAACCAGCAACAGCCAGGGGUACCUCAUGAAUACGGACAACCUGCUUACCCGGGGUGGCAGGGUCCAUACUAUAAUGCUCCCGGCCAGCAACCGGGUUCGAUGCCAAGGCCUCCUUAUACUGUUCCAGCUCCAUACCCUCCUCCGAAUCAGGGUGGCUACUAUAGACAAUAGUAUCACCAAGUUCAUGUUCAUAAAAAUGUUACAGAUUUGUAUCUUGAUCCGUCAUUUCUUCAGUUGAAUUUAUUAUAAUCAGGUAAAUCUCUACAGUACAGUGUAGGUAGCUGUCCUGCGAUUAAGUACGGCUGUGAUAAGUUGCAAGUAACUACGCAAAGUUUUUUACACCCUUACAUUUUGAGUGACAUUUGUUAACUUUUUGAAUAUAUUUAUAUAUCUGUAUUUUAUAUUUCAA